AUGGGAGCGCAGAGCGGUGACGCCAGCUCCCGCCCCCCGUCCAAUGGCCGGCGUUUGUCUGGAAACACGGGCCCAAACCCUCUGGAUUCCAGCUCCACAGGCAAACUUUUAGUCAUGGGUAGCUUCAAGGGCCACGCGCUCCCCGGGAGCUUCUUCCUCGUGGCUGGGAUCUGGUGGACGGGAAAGUACUCGCUCUGGCACGCCACCCGCAGGAACAAGAGUUUAGGUUCCACCCGACUGGCCAGCAGAGCCUCACAGCGACGCCUGGAGAUGAUGGAAAGCUCUGUAAUACUAUUCUUCUCUUUUUUCGGGAUGCUGGCAGAGCAGUUUUUCGCUGGCGGGCCCAAGCUUCAGCUGUACGACUUCACAGAGAAGCACUGGGAGCUCCUGAUGAACUGGCAACACGCCACCAUGUACCUGUUCUUCGGCCUGGCUGCAGCUGUGUCUCUGAUCAUCCACACCACCGAGGCCGCUCCGCUGGCUCUGGACAGGCUGAUGCUAGCCAUCGCCUUUUUCAAUGAAGGAUUUCUAUUCCUCUACCACCUCCAUGGAAGGAGCAUGCUGGACGUCCACGUGCACCAGCUGCUUCUCUAUGCCGUCUUCGGCCAGGCCGGCGUCGCCUUCCUGGAGGUCUUCCACCGAGGUAACAUCAUUCUGGAGCUCCUGCGCUGCACCCUCACCAUCUUGCAGGGAAGCUGGUUCUGGGAGAUCGGUUUUGUGCUGUACCCUCCCAACGGGCCUACGUGGGACCUGCAGGACCACAGCAACAUGAUGUUCAUCACCAUGUGUUUCUCCUGGCACCUCGCCUUCGCCAUGCUUCUGGUCAGCGUGCUGCACUGCACUGUCGGCUGUUUGGUUCGCUCCAGACUGAAGAGGACGCCCCCAAUGGAAAUGGGACUUCUGAAGACCAGAGAGCGGGACGUAGAGUCAGAGGAUGAGAUGUUAUAAUAAAAAGGACAGUUUUUGGCAGAAUGACUCAUGAACAUCAUAGCUGAAUCAGGGACGUGACGCAGCUGCAUGGCCAGGACUAUGUCACACAGACAGAAUAGGGAUAUGAACAUGGUCUGCCUUAUAUCUCUACCUCUGCCUUACUCCACCAGCUGUAAACACUCUCUAGCUUUAAAUGCUAUUUAUUUAACAGUGAUGUAAUACUUUUCAUUUAUUCUCUCAUAUCUUUGUGAUUGAUGUGCACACAAGGGGAAGAUUUUGACAGAUAACCAUGUCUUUUAACCCCUCAAACUGUUGUUUCGAGCGCUUUAAAUAGCCAUCCCCAGUACGGCAUUUUCAGUGUUACUUGAAAGACCCAAAUACUGACAUGGAUUUUUUUUCCGAAUUUUAUGAUGUGAAAAGUUGAAUCACAACAAAGUACCAAACAAGAAGUUUGUUAAAUAAUGUGCAAUUAUUUCAUUUUUGUAAACUGAUGUCAUUAUGACUUGCCUUACACAGAGAUUAAAGAUGUCUUAUCGUACACUUGAAAAGUUGCAAGUAUGCGUUACAUUCCAUUGCUGAAUUAUUGCUGCUGCAUUACCUAACCUGAAUGGCAUUUAAUGGGCUGAUAACAUUCGAAGUGGAUGCAUUUUUCACACUGCAGUUAUAACAGGAGGUGGUAAUAUUCUCGAAAUGUAACUCUAUUUUUCCUUCAUACUUUUUUUUUCAGAAUGGGCAAUGUUUCGAAUUACAUUUGUGUCUCAAAGAGAUAAAACACUCCUCAACUCUUUCUGUGGAUAAAUAUGACCAAAUGCAUCAUCGCAUUUACAUAAAAUAAAAAAAAAAUUACACAUUAAUCCUUUUUUUGUUAAAAAAAAUAUAUAUACUGUUACUGUUAUCCUGGUGUAAAAACUAAGCCGCC